GUGUAGUUUCGGCAUCUAUACUUAGGAAAGGUUUUACGGAGAGCGAUUGUUUAUGUCAAAAAUUGUCUCCAACUUCCCCCGUGAGAAAUGACUUGAGACGAUGCACAUAUCUGCCAUGGAUAACCAGGUCGAGAACUGUGAAGAGAUAGAUAAGGAAGAUAUCCACUUUUUAGAGAGUAUUGGAAAAGGAUCAUUCGGAGUCGUCUACAAAGCUGUGUGGAAAUGUGUAACAGUAGCAGUUAAGAAAGUAGAAACGGAAUCAGAGGUCAAUGCCUUUUACAAUGAAGUUCAACAAUUGGCUCGAGUUGAACAUGAGAAUAUCAUCAAGUUAUAUGGGGCAUGCACAUCCGAUGCCCAUAAGUGCCUUGUUAUGGAAUAUGCUGAUGGUGGAUCCCUCUAUCAUUUGCUACACAGUUCCCCAAACACAGAAUACAAUCUGGCCCAUGGCAUUUCAUGGUUAUUGCAGUGUGCCAAGGCUGUAGCCUACCUCCACUCCAUACAGCCACGGCCUUUGCUGCACAGGGACCUCAAACCUCCAAACUUGCUUCUUACAAAAGGAGCAAAAAUCCUAAAAGUGUGUGACUUUGGGACAGCUUGUGAACUUAGUACCAUUAUGUCUGAUAACCGAGGAUCUGCUGCUUGGAUGGCUCCUGAAGUCUUCGAAGGGAAACUCUAUACAGAAAAAUGUGAUGUGUACAGUUGGGGCAUUAUCUUGUGGGAGGUUAUAACAAGGCGCGUGCCCUUUGAGGACUUAGGACUAGCGGUGCGCAUCAUGUGGGCUGUGCACCAGAAGCAGAGACCACCUCUAGUGACAGGCUGUCCCAAGUUGUUAGAAAACCUUAUGAAACGGUGUUGGGACCAUGACCAUGUAAAGAGGCCACGCAUGGAGGAGGUGGUGGAAAAGGUCUCCAAAAUAUGCCGUUUUCUGAAAGGCUUCGAUGAACCUAUCCACAAUCCUCCUUCUGACGAUUCAAUAACUGAUUCCUAUAGGUCUCCAUGUAUCGGGUCAAGUACAGGGCACACUAGCAGGGAUGUGAGUGAGUUGAGCACCAAUGAUACUGCCGGUGACGGGCUCACUCGGAGCGCAAUGUCUCGUAAUAGUAUCUCGCUCUCAGAUUUUCAAAAUACCAGGCCUAUAUGGGGGAGUGAAGAAAGUGAGGGGACGUACCCCGUAAUAGACACCAAUAACAGUGGCAGUUGCUCACGUCAGCCUCCAAGGCCUACCAUUAGUCCUAACGUAUCCAGCACAGUGGUUGUGACAGGAGAGGGCUCCCCAUGGAGCACUGAACUAAGUGAUGACCUGCAUGAGCACAUGCAGCCACUGGCCAUUAGUAUUCCAAAUGCAGAGCCCCCAUCUCGCUCAGAUGUCACACUUGCUCCUACCCUCACUCCUGCAGUAAACUUACAACCGAGUUGUAACAUCCCAGCCCCCAUAGGCUCUCUAGAAGGUAUCAGCCCAACACUGGUGCCUAUGCGACGACACCUGACACCCUGUGAUCCUCAGGGUCAACUCAAGCGAAAUUCUGCGGAAGUCACACCGCAACCUACCUCUUAUAAGGAAGGCGGUCAGUAUGGUCACCGCCGGUCUUCGUCGUUCGGAACCCCGGGGUCCAAGCUUGGGGAAGAGGAGGGAGGGGGGGUCAAGGGUCAAGGAGAGACGGCCCCCCUCCUCUCCUCCACCUCCCAUCCUGCCAACCUCCACACCCACCACCAGAUAGACCCCCUGAUGCGGAUGCCGGGAGGGACCAUGGGCGUGAUGGAUAACGCCCGCAUGUACGGGGAUAUGGUUCACCCGGCACAGCACACGCCUUCACCCGCCUGCACGCCCACCUCGUCAGCCAUCCCCACCUGGUUAAACCCUUACCCCCAUAUGGGUGCUCUGCCCG